AUGCUGUGCAGAAGCGUGUCCGUGGGCCGGAAGAAGAAAUCCGGUUCAGUUCCGGUUUACCUCAAUGUCUACGAUCUCACCCCCAUGAAUGUCUACGCUUACUGGUUCGGCCUCGGGAUCUACCAUUCUGGCGUUGCGGUUCAUGGAGUUGAAUACGCUUUUGGAGCGCACGAGCAUUCGAGCACGGGAAUCUUUGAAGUGGAGCCGAAGAAAUGCCCGGGUUUUACAUACAGGAAAUCGAUUCUGGUGGGUAAGACGGACAUGGGGCCGAAAGAAGUCCGUGCCUUCAUGGAGAAACUGGCCGAGGAGUACCGUGGAAACAAGUACAACCUCAUCAGGAGGAACUGCAACCACUUCUGCAACGACGUAUGCCUCAAACUUACCCAGAAACAGAUCCCUAGCUGGGUCAACCGCCUCGCCCGCUUAGGGAUGCUAUGCAACUGCGUGCUACCGGCAAGCUUGAACGAGGCGAAAGUCCGACGGGUAGGACGAGACCCGGAGGCAGAGAAGAAGAAGAAGCAUAAGAAGAGGCUGAGAAGCCGAUCCGGCCCUUUGUCUUCGUCUUCUUCUUCCUCCGAGAAGAAUCAUCCUUCGCAUAUCCGAUCAAUGUCGGCCGGCAACACUAAUCCUCCUCCUCCCCGUUCUUCUUCUUCGGACGGAAGGCAAAGACUUCCACGUCCUCCUCCUGCUUCCGCUGAUCCUAAGGACUCGAACGUAGGCGUCAAGGAUUUGGUUCGCAGUGUUUGAUUUUGUCACUGUCGUUAUAUUCUUGUCAUUAUUCUUGUUUGGAAGUUUGAUUAUACUUGUUUAUAUAUGAAAGGUGGGGUUUUUUCCUCUUAAAACGUUGAA